AUGAAUUCAACUUGGCUGAAAUUUAUUCUUCUGAUUGUAAUGUUCGCUGUUACUUUUGGUGCAGGAAUGGUACCAGUAAAAGUGCUUAAAAUUCUCCGCAAGCACGCAGCUUCAGCAUCUACAUCCGCGAAACAGCGAAACGUCUCCUUGGUGCUAUGUUUACUUACAUGUUUUUCUGGUGGUGUCUUCUUCGCUACAUGCUUUUUGCAUCUCUUUCCGGAACUAACUGAGUGUCUUAAUGAGAUGAAGCAAGAAUAUGGGUUUUCCGUAUCAUAUCCUCUAGCGGAAUUGUUGUCUUGCAUAGGAUUUUUUCUUCUGUUUUUUGUUGAAGAAGUUAUUUUGCUUCUUAUACCCGGUGCUGGCCAUUUGCAUGGUCCAACAGGUACUCAGAUGGCUGAGGGAUUUUAUGAACGACGGGUAGCAAAUGUAGAAACAAGGCUCAUAACAUAUGAUAGAAAUCAUGAUGCCGAUCACUGUUGCCAUGAAAAUGUUAACGUCGAUGCUUCUUCGAAAACUUGCUUAUCAUGUGGUCCAAAAGACGAGGAUUUGUCUAGCAAAGGAUUACUAUGUGCAACAAAUUCAUCGAAUCGAGCACCAGUAGGUAGUCAGCGCGUUAACAAAGGACCUGAUUGUGGACAUCAUGUAGAUGGAAAAGACUCAACGCCUUUGCUCCAAAAAUAUACGUGCGGCGGUGAAUAUGGUACCGUGCUCCCGAAAUCUUUGAAUCAGGAAUCAUCAGGCAAACGAAAGGCUUUGACAUUGGCAGAACCAGAAGCAUGUGAACGAAACUGUGAUAAUGUUAAAGAAGAUCCACCAAUUUUAAUGAAAAGUCGUCCGCAUGCUCAUAGCCAUGGUGUACGUAGUAUCACAUUUAUCCUGGCAAUAUCGUUUCAUUCAAUUAUUGAAGGUCUCGCUUUCGGUGUUCAGACUGAUAAUUCUCAGAUUGUGACAUUAUUUAUAUCGCUGAUGGUACACAAAAUUAUUGUGGCGUUUUCGGUUGGUCUACAAUUGGGCCGCACUCACGCGCAUGCCUUAGGCUGGGUAUGCCUGAGUAUGGGCCUUUUUUCGAUCAUGUCGCCUUUUGGUGGUUUUAUUGGUACAUUUGUUCAAAGCUCACAAAUGGACACACAAGUGAAAGCUUUGACUAUACUUAUUUUUCAAGGAGUUGCUGUUGGCACAUUUAUUUAUGUCACAUUUUUUGAGGUUUUGUUACACGAACGAGAUAACGAGCAUCCUAAUCUUUUAAAACUUAUUUUUAUGUUGAUAGGAUUUGCAUUGAUCGGUGGGUUGCGGUUUUUUGACACUCAUUUCCAUGAACAUUCUCAUGGAUCUCUUCAAAAUCAUGGAACUUUUGUCAUCACCUCAACUCCAUAG